AAUAUAUCGAAUCCUGUUAAUGUUUUAAAAGCGUAUGCAAAUUAUUUAUUUCAGUCAUUUCGUUGUAUGUUUCAAUCACAAAAAUGGCAGCCAAAGUAUUGUCUUUCUUGCUAUUAGUAGCUGUGGCAUCUCAAGGAUAUGCCCAGACUAUCAACGAAGUAGCCUUGGAUGACCAACACGUCUCCUUCAUCUCCCACCCACUCUACGCGCGAGUUAUCACCAUCCCCAAAUCCCCCUUCGACACUCUUCUUGCUUGCUACAUCACCUUCCCAAGCGGUGUCAUGUAUGAAGCCUACCCUAAUAGCAACAUUCCCUUUGAAGACAUCAUGUAUGCCAGUGCUACGCCACCUUUCAACACAUGCGCUGUAGGGUUCCGAGGUGUGCCCGCUAGUAGAUCAGGAUCGUAUGAGCUUCGGUCUUUGGUUCAACAUGAUGCUGAUACAUUAACUUUAGCCCGGCAGACCUUCCAUUUGACUAUCACUGAGAGUGAAGUUGGGAUGCCUUAAAAGUAAUUCUUGUAAUAUUUGAAUUUUUAAAACAUUAACGAAAGAGGAAGGUUUAUUUAUUUAAAUUCCUUUGUAUUUUCAACUAAUAAAAACAUUUUGAAAAU